CUCACUGCGGGCUGGGAAGACAUCUCAAAGAAAGCCUACUCUGAGCAUGGAUGACCUUUAGUCAAGGCUGACUACAAAUUCUUCCAUCUUGCUCUUCCCUCAUUUACUUUACACCAAAUGUUUUAUAGGAUCAACCCUGACCCUGGAAUGCCAGUCACUCCCUUCUGUUCUUCCAGGGCUUCCUAGCAGCCAAUGUUCUGUCAACCCUAUGCAGUAAGAGGACAGAGUGCAACACCAACGGUCUCUACGUCAAGAGGAAGAAGAAUCUGGACCAAAUCUUCAACUCUACCAGCUUAGAUAACUAAGUUGAUGAAGCUCUCAGGGAGUUUUCUCUGGGACUUGUCUUUUUCCUGAUUGCUUCAUCCCCAAGUUCUGACUGAGAGCUUAGAUGACUUACUCCAUCAGUUUGGGUCAACAGGGACCAGGAGCUAGGUGACACAACAACUUUCUGCUGGUCUUUAAUGAGAUGCUUAGGGAGUCUAUACCCAGUGGGACUGGAUGCUGCAGGAAAUACCUGUCUAAUUCUCCCAAACCUCCUUCCUACACACAGGGCUAAGACAGUGAUCAUCCACUCUUCACUUUCUCAGAACCUUCCUAUAUUUCUGAGACUUUCCAAUCCUUUGAAAAAGCAACACUAUUGCUCAGCAACUCCAAAGUGAAAACUAUAGAGCUUGCCUGUCCAGGUAUUUUCAGUCGAGAUGAAAAUGUUUCUUUUACAGUAAGUCCUGCUCACUCUCACAUAGAGGAGCAGCAGCAGGAGUCACAGGCCUAUCAGUUGGAGCUUGAGGUCACUACAAUAACUGGCAGCUUUUACUUUGUUCAAGCUGAUAAGGGGUGGGAGAGAGACUGGGAAUGUUACCAGAGGUCCACAUGAUUGCAGGGAAGGCUGGUGUAUGUGAAUGCUUUUGUGUUAUAUUCAAUACAACUAUAAGGGUGAACCUGGGAAACCAGCACCACGUAAAACUGGGAUUUGUAAAUUGAGUAUGUGGAAACAAUGAGUGGAUCUCAAUUCAGAAACUUUAAUGCAGGCUUAAUAGACACGUGGUUGUAACAUCCUAACCUGAAGACUGUGUUCUGACCUCUGUCUCCAUUCUCUGUAGCUGGGCUCAGACUCAUGAGAGGCACCAACCAGUCCAGCGUCUCCGAGUUUCUCCUCCUGGGACUCUCCAGGCAGCCCCAGCAGCAGCAGAUCCUCUUCCUGCUCUUCCUCAUCAUGUACCUGGCCACUGUCCUGGGAAACCUGCUCAUCAUCCUGGCCAUCGGCACAGACUCUCAUCUGCACACCCCCAUGUACUUCUUCCUCAGCAACCUGUCCUUUGUGGAUGUCUGCUUCUCCUCCACCACUGUCCCCAAGGUGCUGGCCAACCACAUACUCGGGAGUCAGGCCAUUUCCUUCUCUGGGUGUCUCACGCAGAUUUAUUUUCUCUGUGUGUUUGCUGUCAUGGACAAUUUCCUGCUGGCUGUCAUGGCCUAUGACCGGUAUGUGGCCAUAUGCCACCCCUUACACUACACAACAAAGAUGACUCAUCAGCUCUGUGCCCUCCUUGUGGUCGGGUCAUCGGCGGUAGCCAGCAUGAAUGCUCUGUUGCACACUCUGCUCAUGGCUAGACUCUCAUUCUGUGCAGACAACGUCAUCCCCCACUUCUUCUGUGACAUCACUCCCCUCCUGAAACUCUCUUGCUCAGACACACACCUCAAUGAGCUGAUGAUUCUUUUUGUUGCAGGGCUGUUAAUGAUAGCUCCGUUUGUUUGCAUCCUCGUGUCUUAUGUCCUUAUUACUUGUGCUGUCCUGAGAGUCUCAUCCACAAGGGGAAGAUGGAAAGCCUUCUCCACCUGCAGCUCCCACCUGGCUGUGGUCGGCCUCUUCUAUGGCACCAUCAUAUCCCUGUAUUUCAACCCCUCCUCCUCCUCCUCUCACUCAGCUGGGAGUGACAUGGCAGCUGCCAUGAUGUACACAGUGGUGACCCCCAUGCUGAACCCUUUCAUCUACAGCCUGAGGAACAAGGACAUGAAAGGAGCUUUAAGGAAAGUGCUUACCAUGAAAUUCUCAUCUACUCAGUAAGGCUAAAAAAGAUCAUAUAAAGAAGUAAUUUCCAAGAAAACCAUAUUUGUUCUACUGUGUGAAACUUAACUUUUGUUUUGUUAGGAAAGCAUCUACUAUCUUUCUUGGAAGAAUAAAA